AGUAGUAUCAUAACAGAUAUAAUUACAAAAAGUGAAUCAAUUGGAUUGAAAGUAAUGGCUAUCACAUCAGAUAUGGGUUCUAGUAAUCAACGACUAUGGAAACAUUGGAAUAUUACUGCUGGAAAAUAUUGCAAGGUGACUAAUUCUAUACCUCAUCCUAUCGACAGUAAUAGAAAAUUAUUUGUUAUUGCUGAUGUGCCACACUUAUUCAAAAAUAUUAAAAACAUGUUAAUGACAAACAAAGUAUUAUUUAUUUCUAAAGAAAUUCAAGAAAAAUAUGAGCUACCAACAAAUAUAGUAUGUUCUGAUCAUAUACAAGAUAUAAUUAAUUAUCAAGAUCAACUGCAUUUCCAUUUAGCCCCAAAGUUAUCCCAAGAUGAUUUGGUUCCCAGUCACUUUCAAAAAAUGAAAGUUGGAAAAUCGACUAAUGUUAUCAGCCAUGAUGUAUGUUCUGCUUUGCGAUAUCUUGCUGAUGAACUAAGCAAACCUGAAUAUCUCACUACUGCAUAG